CCGAGUACGUAUGGCAGGAUUGCAUGCCGGGAGCGGGGUGUUGUUGUCGCAGAAGGGUGAAGCAGAGCUCCGCCAUUUUGUGCGUAGAAUAGGGUGAGGGGAAGAAAGAGAACGGUGGCGGCUUGUUGUUGUGAGGGCCGGAGAGCAGGCUGGCAGUGUCCGGGAACGGUGGACGGGGUAGGUGAGCUCCGCCUCCCUCUCUCUGGUCUCGGGACUGGUCGCCCCCCUUGGGAUUCAGCUUCGCCACGGCAGGAGAGCGGGGCGCCCGGCGGGGCGGGGGGGACACUGUGACAUCCGCCAGCGGCCAGGACAACAGGGGGCAUCGGCGCAGGCGGCGGAACAGGGGAAGAAGGAUGGAGGCCGAGAGAGGAGAGCAAAGUAAAGAUGGUGAAGUGAAUGUUUUGGAUGACAUUUUAACUGAGGCUCCAGAUCAAGAUGAUGAGCUGUACAACCCUGAAAGUGAGCAGGAUAUUAAUGAGAAGAAAGGGUCCAAAAGAAAGAGUGAUCGAAUGGAAAUGCCUGAAACCAAGAGGCAAAAACCAUCCUCCCACCUAGCAAGGCCUCCCCCCCAAAGGCUGUCUAGUAGCACAAAGAGAGUUGUCAGCACCAAAGGAAAGCCGGUAUCGGAAUACAAGAACGAUGACUUCUCUAGACAUGACAGAAGCAGAAGGCCUGAAAGCGACCGGAGAGUUCAUCCCUCUGGCAGCUCUGGACGGGAAGGAUACAAAGGCCCACCGGAAAAAAUCGCUGCGAGGAAAAGAGAAUCUGACAGGAGACCCCAACCUGCCACUCCUGAUGUGUCAUCUGAGAAAAUAAGACAGGAUUCAAGCAGGCGACCAAGCAGGUCCAGUCGCUCCUCUGAUGGAAACUCUGAUGACUAUGGGUCAGAUAGAGACAGUGGUAGCAGCGAGUCUUCUGAUGAUGACCAAGGAAACAGUGAAGAUGGAAUGGAAGAGGAGGAAGAUGAAGGAGAGGAGGCUGAAGAGGAGGAAGGUGAAGAAGAGGAGGAAGAGUAUGAACGUGAGGAACAUGAAAGAGACCAACGAGAAGGAAAUGAUUAUGAUACCCGUAGUGAGGCCAGCGACUCAGAAUCUGACUCUGCUUCAUUCUCAGAUGGAGACUCCAUACGUUCCGGUUCUGGCUCCGACAUUUCAGAUGAGAAAAAGGAGGAAAGGAAAAGGGCUAGAGGUAUUUCUCCAAUUGUGUUUGAUAGAAGUGGAAGUUCUGCAUCAGACUCUUAUGCAGGUUCAGAAAAGAAGCAUGAAAAAUUACCCUCUUCUGUGCGUGAUGUUCGAAAAGAACGAAUAAACAAAAUCCGGUACAUUCUGCAGGAUGCACGUUUUUUCCUCAUAAAGAGCAACAAUCAUGAAAAUGUAUCAUUGGCUAAAGCAAAGGGUGUUUGGUCAACUUUACCGGUAAACGAAAAAAAGCUCAACACAGCUUUCAGGUCAUCGCGGAGUGUUAUUUUAGUGUUCUCUGUUAGAGAGAGUGGAAAAUUUCAGGGAUUUGCUCGGCUGUCAUCUGAAUCUCAUCAUGGUGGAUCUCCCAUACACUGGGUCCUUCCAGCAGGAAUGAAUGCAAAGAUGCUUGGUGGGGUAUUCAAAAUAGAUUGGAUUUGCAGGCGAGAACUACCGUUUACAAAAUCUGCUCAUCUUAAUAACGCAUGGAAUGAAAUGAAGCCAGUAAAGAUUGGACGCGAUGGUCAGGAAAUUGAACCAGAAUGCGGGACCCAGCUCUGUCUUCUAUUUCCAGCGGAUGAAAGCAUUGACUUGUAUCAAGUCAUUCACAAAAUGAGAAACAAGAGAAGAAUGCAAUCACAGCCCCGAUCGCGAGGCCGUCCCUCACGCCGAGAGACAACAAGAGAUGUGGGAAGGCGUCGACCAGAAGAUUAUGAUAUUCAUAACAACCGAAAGAAACCAAGAGUUGACUAUCCCCCAGAGUUUCACCAGAGACCAGGGUUUGUUAAGGAUCCACGUUUCCCAGAAGUAGACAGAAGAUUUACAGGAGUUCGCAGAGAUGUGUUUUUAAAUGGAUCCUACAACGAUUAUGUGAGAGAAUUUCAUAACAUGGGACCACCUGCUCCGUGGCAAGGAAUGCCUCCAUACCCUGCAAUGGAACAGCCUCCUCAUCACCCAUAUUAUCAGCACCAUGCUCCUCCUCCUCAGGCUCAUCCACAGUUUUCAGGUCACCACCCAGGUCAACAUGACACUAGAUACCGGGACAAACGGGUUCAUGACUAUGACAUGAGAGUUGAUGACUUUCUGAGACGCACUCAGGCUGUUGUCAGCGGCCGAAGAAGCCGCCCUAGGGAGCGAGAACGUGAACGAGAAAGGCCCAGAGACAACAGGAGAGACAGAGGACGUGAACGUGAUCGAGACAGAGAGAGAAUGCGUGACAGAGACCGGGGAGACAGAGGCAGAUACAGAAGAUGAUUUUACCGCAUUGGUUUAUUUGCGUUUUUCCUUGUCUCUUGUGUGUUUACAAAGUAGCAACAUUUCUGUUAAAGCAGUCUAAUUUAAAGAAUUAAAAAUAGUACGCUACUUUAUUUUUUUUUUUUUUUUUGGCUUUAAACCUUUGUUCGUGCACGUACUGUAUUAACUGGAUUAAGCUUAAUAUGGCUGAGACAGUGCACAUUGAUAUAUUGGAGAUGAGCCUUUUCAGAGGGAAAAUUAUACAUACCUGUGUAAAUGUUCUGUAUUUUCUGUAUAUUUUCUUAGAAUGCGUUUUUUUCGCUCCAUAUUCGGUCAGCUGUGCAUAAAACCAUAAACACUUUAUUUAAAAAAAAAAAAUAAUGAAAGAUAAUUGACACAUCAAGAACUGCCGCGUAGUAGUGGAUUUUUGUUUCCUUCCCUUCUGCAUCCCCAAAGUACCUACAGUUGAUCUGUGAAAACAAUGCUGCUAUAAAGUAUGCAAUUUUUUGAAGGCUAAACUGAAUGAACGUAAAACAAGUCUGAAGUUUCCCACUCAUUACAAGAUGACGAAAGCAAUACUUUUAACCAUAUUGCAUUUUUAAUAAUUUUGUUCACUUGUUUUUGAUUGGUGCUCCACCAUUCAUGUCUGAUUUUUCAGACUCUUUAAUGCGGAGUAGAGACUGUCUGUAUUGUAUGUUGGUUGUAUGACCAUGUUGGCUUUUCUCUCAUUUUCUAUUAAAUUUAUAACUUGUAACUUAAUUUGUAACUGCAGUGGUUUCUUAUGCCGUUUGAUAGCAGCUGUUCGGCCAAUUUUCCUUUGCUGCGACGCAUCUCUUAAUUUGUGUAGUCUUAUACCAUAAUGCAUUAUACUGUGCCAUUUUUAUAAUAAAACCACUGUGGAAAUA